UAGCUCACCCUCGAAUGGUUGUGUCUGGUCUGAAAAAUCAUAGGCAACAAGAAAAAGUGAAGUUCAAGAAAGAUCAAGCGGUGUAAGGAUGGUUAACUGUGCUUUGACCCUCCAAGUUCUUCCACUGGUCAUUCUCCUACAGAACACACAUUUGUGGGCUUCCCAUUUAUCCCGGCUGACGGACCUGCAGGAUGAUGAGGCUGGUGACUACGAGUACUACGAUGAGUACACUCAACUGGAGCAGGACCCCUUCCACCAGCACCAGUCCUUGGAGGACCCUGAUUGGUUUGAGGCGUUUUUUGGCUACAGUGAUACCAGAAAAGCAGACCCAUGCUCCCCCAACCCCUGCAAGAACAACGGUAGGUGUGAAAACAGAGGAAGUGAGUUCAGCUGUCUCUGCCCCAAUCCGUAUACUGGGACUACGUGUGAGAAAGUGAAGAACAGGUGUCUGGAGAAGAGGUGCCACGGGGCAGACUGCCUGAUUUCGUUAACCCCACCUUAUUUUCAGUGCAGCUGCAAUCAUCCCUACAAACCCCCUGACUGCCAGCAAGCAUCUUCACCAUGCAGACCAAACCCAUGCAAAAAUGGAGGUGUCUGCAUACGGCACAGAAUCAGAUCGAAAUUCACCUGCAAGUGCCCUGAACGUUUCAAAGGGAGAUUCUGCGAGAUUGGACUGGAUGACUGUUAUGAAGAGGCAUCCUGGAUGUACAGAGGAAAAGUAAACCAAGCAGCAAACGGAAAGACCUGCCUGCAUUGGAAUUCCCACAAGCUCUUGGACUACCCUAUUAAUGCCUUUAUGGAGGACGCUGACUCUUAUGGCAUCGGUGAACAUAACUUUUGCAGGAAUCCCGAUGAGGAUGAGAAACCCUGGUGCUACAUCAGAAAAAAUCACAAAGUGGAAUGGGACUUCUGUGACAUUUCACCCUGCUCAGGAACAGCUGAAGAGAGCCCAUGGCCAACAGACAGCCCAACAGACCCAUCUGGAUCAACUGAAAUGUUUAAAACAUGUGGACAACCAGAAAUUCAAAGGACACUCAAGAGGAUCUAUGGUGGAGCUAAGACUACAGCUGGCAAACACCCCUGGAUGGCAUCUCUGCAGACACGGACUCCAAGAAGGACAAAACAUUUCUGUGGUGGAGUGCUAAUCAAAGCGUGUUGGGUUCUUACUGCUGCGCACUGCAUCGAACAUCCAGAAGAAGAUCUCCAAGUAGCCCUUGGAAAGCAAGACCUCAAGAAAAAAGAACGUCAAGAGCAAAUAUUUGAUGUGGAGAAGAUCAUCGUACAUCACAAAUACAGAGAGAGGGAUGGUGUCCCGCACAAUGAUAUUGCACUACUCAAAUUGAAGCCUGUUCAUGGCCACUGUGCAGUGGAAACAAAGUAUGUGAAAACAGCAUGUCUGCCUGACUUUGCCUUUCCUGUCGGGACUGACUGUUUCAUUUCUGGAUGGGGCACGACAGAGACAGACGAACAAUCCCAUCGGCUAUUAGAUGCCAACGUCAAGCUGAUUUCGCAGAAGAAAUGCAAUGCACCCAGAGCAUAUGACCGCAUAUUGGGUGAAAGCAUGUUUUGUGCAGGAAAUCUUCAGAGACCCAGAGCAGAUUCAUGUCAGGGAGACUCUGGAGGGCCACUAACGUGUGUGGAAAACGGCUCCUACUAUAUAUAUGGCGUUGUGAGUUGGGGUGAUGGAUGCGGGUUGAAGAACAAGCCAGGAGUUUACACUCAGGUGACGGCAUUUCUCAGUUGGAUUAAAUCCAAAAUUCGAUCCGAAUCAAGGUCACUUCAUUAGGAGUCAGCUUUGGAAGGACAAAGGAAUUUCGGAAGCAUCAGGGUUGACUGUGGCCUGCUGAGAUCCUUCCAUUUCCAAUUGGUCCUGUUAAAUCAAACCCAACUAAAUUGUGAGGACAGCCACUGGACAGAAGGCUUUAACAAUUAUUCUAUAGAAACAUUUGUGUAUUAAAAGUUACCUCAGCUGGCAAACAAAUGAGCAAAAUCUGAAUUACUGUUCUGCACCGAGAAAAUCUCUACAAUGGAAACUUGCGCAACAUGAAGCCAUUCAUGGAAAUUAGAUACUACACAUAUCAAAGGAUGGGAUGUGCUCAAGUCCUGAUUUCUAAUUUUGGCCCUAAAGAGCAAACUAGCAAACAUCCAAAUUCCAGGUGGAUUUGACACUUGUAGAUAUCCCUAAGACUAUCAGAUCAUGAUCAUACACAGGACUGAAGAAGAUAUUGCCUGUCAUCCCCAUUGCCUGCACCCCUCAACCACAGUUACAAUUUAUUUCUUCAAUAACGUUUCAGAUGGAAAAGUAAAUCAUGGAUAAGUCCCGAUUCUCUUGUGCUCACUUAUUAUUUGACUUGUUGCCAAAGCUAAAACUUAAAUGAAACAAAUAUUUAAAGUGCAGAGCUUCUCUUUUAUUGUAACUUAAUGCUUCUUAAGUGUAGAGUCUACAAAGUCCCCGCAUGGACUUUUGCUCUCUUGUACUGGGACACUGCAGAUCAGGUGUCCUCCCUGUGGAGGUAGGGAGAAGGAAAACCUGGAAGAUCCUAGCUUGUAAUUUCUUGCAUCUUGGGCUGGACAGAGAUGCAGGAGGCUGGAGCAUUCCCGCUCCGCAAAAAGCUUCCCGCAGUUUUGUGGAGCCUCCCACAACACACAUUGCUGUCAAUACAGUUGCCAGUGGAAAUUACAUGGCAACACAGAUGUGUCUUGCUAAAAUUAGGAAAAGAGAAAGGGAGUUGUAGAGGGAGCCUCUUUCACCUCUACUUCUGCUCUCCGUGGAGGUACCAGGACACUUGGAGGUCUGACAACAUCUGCACGUUAAGGGAAACACAUCCCAUAGUAUAAGUAAAUCCUAUCCUGUGGCGCGUCCUAGUUCCUACAGGAAUUCCUCAGCCAUAAAAACACUGAAUUAUCUUGAGAGGUUCCUUCAAAUUAAGAUGUACAGAGUGCCGCAAAGCUUCAUGAAGGAAGUAUAUAUAUAUUCUAUUCAAAAAAUGGGGAGAACUGCAGUCUCCAGGGAGCAUUCAAAAGCAUUAAAAAGGACGUGUGCCGGCCUGCCUUCUCAAGAGCAGAGCUAUUGAGAUUU